CAUAAUGAGGCAAAUAUGAGAGAUCGCGGCGGCGGCGGCGAGCAGCAGCAGUCAAUAUGUUUGGCCAGGGAGCAGACAAUACAAGUUGAUGGGAAUCAGUACCAGAAUCGAAAUAGCAACCACCAGCAGUCCGGCGAUCUCUCAGACGCCCGCGAAUCGUCGCCAGAGCAAGUGGACGUACAACUCGGACGGCAACUGACCCGCGAGCGGACCGCAAUUCCGCCACCGAAUCGAACCCUGCCAAAUAUAGAAUUACUAAAGAGUUCCGUGCGCGCCUUUCUCGCCGAGUACUCAUCGCCGCGAUUACAGCUCAAUUGGGAUUGGGAUUGGGACUGGGAGCUGCUUGACCUAUUGACUCAAAGCAUCGAACUCAUUUGUGGACAAGCGGAUACGGGUAACCUUUGGAGCGAGGCGGCCGUCGUCGGAGCGGACAUGACCGUGAGCAAAGUCAGCGAGGAGCGGGAGACAGAAUCGGUUGAGGUUUAUCCCGAGCAACUCGAUCAGCCGUCGGAAUUGGAUGAUAAAAACAAUAAUAGUGGCCAUAUAGAAGCAUCACCAUUAGCAACCAACGACAUGAAGUACGAAUUGAAGAGUGCCAGGAGUAGCAGUAGAAGUCCGCAAACGGAGUCGCCAGUUAGCAGGUUAAGUAGCAGUGCCACCAGUCGUAUACGUAAUGUGGAGGCAAGUGUGCCCACGACCACCACAACUGCAACUACCACACGUGCCCCUCUGCUGGGGGAAAUAAAGCGCAGCUCCAUCAGCAGUCGCGAUAGCAUCUUCUCCUCCAUCGAUGCGGAUUCAGUGCUGCCCGAAAGGACGCGUUUGCGUCGCCAGCGACGUGUUCGUUCGCAGGAUUCCGUGGAGGAGAAGCCGGAGGAUGUGAUCGAGCGGUUGAACAAGCUUAAGGCACGGAUUUCCGGAGCCCUUAGCGAAGUUAAGGGUGUGCUCAAGCAGUAUAGCACGGAGAGCGAGGCGGAAUCGGCGACGGAGCAGUCACAGGUGGCUUCAGAUGGAGGAGCAGGUGACCCACCUCCCGUGUCCUUUCGCUUUGUGAAGAAGGUGCGACGUCGCAGCUACUUCGAUGAGGCCGAGGAGGAAAAGGAGCAGGCUGGAGAGGAGCAGGAGCAUGAAAAUCAAACAAAUAAAACUGAUUCCUCUAGAGAAGACAAAAAUGAGCAGGAUGCCCUAAAAACUAGUAAGGAUACCAAAGUUCAAAGAGAGCAGACACCCUUUGCUAGAGAAAAACUAGAGGUUACUGAAAGUCAGAAAAACGAAGUCAAUGAAAAGCAGGCAGGCAAUGAAAGCCAAAAACCAAUAAUUAAUGAAAAACUUGAGCCAACUGAGGUUAAUAAAAAAUUAGAGGUCACAGAAAAUCAAGAUCUUAAAAGUACUAAAAACCAAGAUACAAAAGUGCUUGAAGAUCGGGAUAAAGUGGAUGGUGCCAAACUGGUUAAAGAGCAGGAUAUAACUAGUAAGCAAUCAAAAAAUCUAAAGAUUCCUGAAAACGCUGUAGAAGCAGACAAACAAGAUGAGAAAAUUAAGAAUCGUGCUAUUAAAACCCAUACCAAGGAGCAUAAGGAUAUAAAAACCGAAGAGGCUGCCUCAGAAACACCAAAAAUUAAUGGUGAGCUACCAAACACAGCUGAACAAAUCAAACACCCUGCGAAAAACAAAACCCAGGCCAAAAUUGAGUUUCUAGCCAAGGUUCAGAGUGAAUUCAAAUCGAAAUCUGUUAAGGAAAAAACACUCCAAGAGGAGUCUUCCAAGGAGGCAACUAUUAGGGAAGAAACUGAGAAGGAUACCAGUACUAGGAAAGAAAUUAAUAAGGAAACAACACUUUGGAAUGAAACUAUUAAGGAAACUUCCCAGGAGAACACUUCCAAUGAAACUUCUUCCAAAGAAUCAACUUCGAAAGAAGCAACUCCGAAAGAAGCAACUCCAAAAGAAACAACUCCGAAAGAAACAACUCUGAAAGAAGCUAGUCCCAAAGAAACAGCCCUUAAGGAAGCAACUCUUAUGAAAAUAGCUUCCAAAGAAGAAACUCCAAAGGAAUCAACAACCAAAGCACCUACAGAAGUAGCCCCAAGUAAACAUGCUUCCGAAAGCAAACAAUCAGUGUCCUUGCCAGAUGAGUCACCCGAGUCAACUCAACCACCGUCCAAGAUCAAGAAGAAAGUCAUCGUGAAGGUGAAGAACCCUAGACGUGCCUCGAUCGCCGCCGUGGAACCAUCCAAGAUCAAGGUGGAGCCGGCCGUCGAGCAGAGCGAUGCUCUCAUCACUCAGCGACGACCCUCCGACUCGGAGGCGAUUGUCAAGCGCAAGAAGAAGCUGAAAUUAAUGGGCAGAGGCACAGACACAGCAGCAACAUUAGUAUGCACAGCUGAAUCUGAGUCCCCAAGAGCAACAUCAUCGACAACAAAAGCUGUUGACGACCAUCAGAGGGAGACGACUUCGAUAGCCGAGGAACAAUUGGCUACGCCAGAGGUCACAGCGGUGCCAGCCAAGUUGCCUAGUGCCAAAAGUGGCCAAGGAGAAGCGAUAGCAAUUGUAGCAGCAACAGCAGCAGCAGCAGAAGCAGGAACAUUAGCAGCGACAACAGCAAUCGAUUCCGAUACGGCAAUUAACAAUCUAGCGCCAGCAGGCGAUCGAAUCAGACGUACCAGCCUGAAACUAGCGGAGUUGGUGGGUGAAACGGUGCUGGUGGUGCCGGCAGCAGCAGCAGCAGCAUCAGCAGCAGUAGCAACACCAGGCCCAAAAGAGUCCAAAGAAGCCAUCAAACAAGUGGCCAUCGCCGCUGACAUUGUGCCACAAAUAGCGGCAGUAGCGGCAAUAGCGGCAACAGCGACAUUGAAUCACGAAGAGUCAUCAUCAUCAUUAACGUCAGAGCAGCAACCAACGCCAGUAGAAGCUACAAAAGCCGGAGAACAGGCGCCGCCCGGCGACAGUCUAGCCAGCAUGCCGGAGCUGAAAGUACUAGCCGGACCGGUGCAGCCGGUCAAAAUCGAGACGGUCGAGCAGCAGCAGCAUGAUGUGGCCAAAAACCCAGAGCCGCUGGUCAAGAAAAAGGCACCUGUGCAUCUCAAGAAGCUGGUGCGAAAGAAUUCCAUCGACAAGGAUCCGCAGGAGAAGCAGAAGCAGGACAAGCAGGACUCCAGCAAGCUGAGCAACAUACUGCGCGACAGGAACAAGAUCAAUGAGCUGUCCUCCAGGAUCAACAAGCUAACGCCUCCCAAGAAGCAGGCUAAGCCAGACAAAGAGGCAGAAAAGAAGGCAGCCGCAGCAGAUCCUAAGCCAGAAGAGGGAGUAGCUGCUCCCUUGGAGGAAGUACCAACCGAAAACCAAGCUGAUCAGGAAGUCAGUGAGGAACCCGAGGUUGAACCCACGCCGGAGCCCAAGAAACCGCGCAAGAUCAAAAAGAAGGUGAUCAUCAAGCGGCAGAAGCGGCGCCUCUCCAUCGGCGACACAUUCUUCCUGCAGCCGGAGCCCGAGGAGCCCACCAUUCCCGAGGUGGAGACCAUUGAGCGGGCCAUUGCCUAUGUGACGGACGACGAGGAGGACACUGUGGCGCCCGAGCAGGAACCGGAGCCAAUCAAAGCGCCACUCAAAUCCUGCCUGCAUGUGAGGGAAUACAAAAUAGGGGACCUGGUGCUCUACGCAGAACGCUAUCGCAAGACGCAGGUGCGCUGGAAACGUGGUCGAGUGCUUGAGAGGAUCACCAGCAUUUCGUAUAAGCUGGAAAUCGAGGGCAAGGAGGUGCCCGCCCACGUCAGCUACAUCAAGAAGUACACUGGGCGAAAGGUGCGUUUCGGGGGCAAGGAGUAUCUCGAAAUCGACUAUGAACAGGUGGCCGAGGAGGAGCGCAGGGCGGCCAGCUACAGCAUAUGGAACAUGGUGUAGACACCACCUAAUGUAUACCCACCAUAUAUACCCCACCAGUGUGGUGUCCAGUGUGUCCGGCCAACUUUGAGUGGAAUUAAAAAAUUGUGCAAAUUUUUUAAGGAUCUCAAUCUCGACAUUCAGUUAUGUUAUAGUGAUUCGUCCUAGUCAAGUGUAUCAUAUAAAUAUAUAUAUAAAAUAUAUAUAUUUAGAGUAGCUUAGUGUUAUCCUAGUGUUUAGUGUAACUUAUUCCAGGCCUUUCGUUUACAUCUUAAGUAUAGUACUCUGUAUGUGUAAUUAUAAACAAGCUAUUUAAUGUUAAAUAAAGCGGAAAAUAUUUCAGUUAUGCGGGA